AACUGCCUACAUCUCAACCCGAGCGUGAUCUCUCUUCCCAGGUACAUCAUGGCAUCUAUCGCGAAAGAAAUUGCGCUCGUCACCGGCGCAAACAGUGGUAUAGGUUUCGAAAUUGCACAUCAACUUCUCCAGAAGGGUACAUAUCAUGUCCUGUUUGGCUGUCGCUCGAUAGCGAAAGGCUCUGCCGCACUUCAAGAUCUACAAUCACGCAACCUGUCCGGCAGUAUCGAAUUUGUACAUCUCGACGUGCAGAAUGAUGAACACAUUAGCCAAGUCGCCUCAUCAACCCAGCAAAAGCAUGGCAAACUCGACGUUCUCUUCAACAAUGCUGCUGUCGCGCUGCCGGAAGGCGCAACGGAGCGUGAGAAACUCGCCGCUGCAUUCGAUAUAAACGCCACAGGACCAUACCUUCUCGCCCAAGCACUGAUCCCGCUUUUGAAGAAAAGCGCAAACUCAAGAAUCAUCAAUAUCUCUUCCGGGGCCGCGAGCAUUGGCCGAAGGCUAGCGCCAGAAAGUCCCAUGUACAAAAUUCAAUCGGUACCAUACCGGGCCAGUAAAGUGGCGUUCAAUAUGGUGACUGCAUGCUUACAUGUCGAGUUUGGACGGGGCAUCGACCAAAUCGAAAUGAUGGACUCUGGAAAAAGCAAGGAUAAUGAAAGGGGCCCCGAUGAGGACGAAAAGAAGAUGAAGGUAUUUUGCUACGAUCCAGGGUUUACAGCCUCGAAUCUGAGUCCACUUAAUAAAGAGGAACUUGGCGCGAGGAGUGCAAAGGAUACGGUGGAUAGUAUCAUGGAGCUUGUGGAAGGCAAGAGAGACGAGGAAGUCGGAAGGUUCAUUCAUAAUUCAGGGGGUUAUUCCUGGUAGAUAAUCUACUUCAUUUUCCUGGCC